ACAGACUUCAGUGCUGAUAACUACUGCAGAUCUAUCUGCACCAAACCACCUUCUUAAUAAAAUAGAUAAGAAUAGGAAAUAGAGAUGGAGCCAACUAUUGGUCCUUAUGAGUACUACGACUACGAGGAGACAGAAAACUCCACCAUGUGUGACUAUUCUGAGUGGCAGCCGUCGUACUCCGUCAUCCCGGUGCUGUACAUGCUUAUUUUCAUCCUCGGCCUGUCUGGAAACGGGGUGGUGAUCUUUACCGUGUGGAGAACCCAGGGUAAGCGGCGAGCUGCUGACGUCUACAUCGGCAACCUGGCCCUGGCUGACCUCACCUUCGUGGUCACUCUGCCUCUGUGGGCCGUUUACACUGCCAUGGGCUACCACUGGCCCUUCGGAGUGGCUUUGUGUAAGAUUAGCAGCUACGUGGUGCUGCUCAACAUGUACGCCAGCGUCUUCUGCCUCACCUGCAUGAGCUUUGACCGCUACCUGGCCAUCGUCCACUCCUUGUCCAGCACACAGCUGCGCACCCGGGGCCACACACAAGCCUGCCUCAUAGCCAUCUGGCUGCUGUCUGGUGUCCUGGCUGCCCCGACUCUUGUCUUCCGCACCACCAAAUAUGAUCCAACCAGCAACCGCACAUCCUGCGCCAUGGACUUCAGCCUGGUGAUGACUAAAGAAGAUCAGGAGUACCUGUGGAUCGCAGGUCUCAGCAUCUCCUCCUCAGCGCUGGGUUUUCUUCUACCUUUCUUGGCGAUGAUGGUGUGCUACGGCUUCAUCGGUUGCACCGUCACCCGCCACUUCAACUCUCUGCGCAAAGAGGACCAGCGUAAGAGGAGGCUGCUGAAGAUCAUUACCACGCUGGUAGUGGUGUUCGCCGCCUGCUGGAUGCCUUUCCACAUCGUGAAGAGUGCUGACGCCCUCUCCUACCUGGAGCUGUUUCCCGCCAACUGUGCCUUCCUGCGCUUCCUGGUGCUGGCUCACCCCUACGCCACCUGCCUGGCCUACGUCAACAGUUGCCUCAACCCCUUUCUUUAUGCCUUCUUCGACCUGCGCUUCAGAUCCCAGUGUCUGUGCCUACUCAACCUGAAGAAGUCCUUGCAUGCGAGCCCUGCCAGCUCCCUGUCCUCUCAGAAGACAGAGGCUCAGUCUCUGGCCACAAAGGUGUGACGACAGCUGAGGGCCCAGAUGCAUGCUGGGUAAGAGGUGAACAAUGCAGAACAAUGCAGAUAAUUCAAAACUGUACAGCACUGGGUGCUUGCUCACAGAUCGUCAGUUUCGGGCUGUCACCUUUGCUCUGUGACUCUGUUGACUGCUGCGGGGGUUUGCCUGUAGACGACAGGCUUGUGGUUUGGGUGUCUGACCACAUUGCAGGGAAGCAAAACUGAACUAUUUAAUACAAGGGACCAAGCAGGCUUUUUUUGAAAAAGUGGAAUGUAUUUUUAAAGGGACCACAUGCUCAUGUGUUUUCUCCUGUGGACUUUUAUGCAAAAUGCUGAGUGUAUUACUCAUGCAUUAGCCCCUGCUGAUCUUGUUUUCAUUUGUUAGCACUUGAGGUGUGAUAUCUACCAGACAGCCCCGUAGUAGUAUCACCGCCAGCAGUGUUACGUAUAUGUGCGCGUGUGUGCGUGUGUGCGUAUGUGUGUGAGUGUGCGUGUAGAAAGGGUGUGCCAGUCGGUAAGAGGUGUUGGAGUCUGAUAAGAGUGUUGUAAGAAGAGACGGGGAUCGUGGGAGGGGGUGGGAGUCGAGUCCCAGACAGACAGAUGGCAGCUGACAAAUGUUUUCAGACUGGUGAAGGGCCCAAUUAUAAGGUGACUGCUUUGACAGUCUGCAUGUGUGUGUGUGUGUGUGUGUGUGUGUGUGUGUGUGUGUGUGUGUGUGUGUGUGUGUGUGUGCGUGUGUGUGUGUGCGUGUGCGUGUGAAGGAAUGACUGUUUAUUGAGCGUCAGACUGACAAUGGAAUUUGUCCCUGCAAAUACAUGAAAACAUUUUGUGAAUACACAGCAUCGUUUUUGAAAUUGAUUGUUUAUGAUUUGUACUAAAUAAAAAAAAGUGAUUUGAAAAACACAAAUAUC